AUAUCGGUCCAGUGUUUCAUGAGAUAUUUUGCUAACAGACACAUGCGCAUAGCCCGCCUUUCGUUUCCGCGUGAUAAAUGUCACUCUAGCAUCUACUCGUUUGAAAAUGUUUAACAAUGAUUUUACUGAAAACACAUUUGACGUGGCUCACUGAGAAACCAUUUUAUUAGAGGGCAGAAGGAAACUGCGAGACUACGCCGGUGCGUCGCCCUAAACGGUCCGUGCGGAAACGAGCACGUCGUCGUCCUCCGCCUUCUUCAGCGCUGUCAUUCGUCCAUAUCAAGCCAGCCGGUGCGAUCGUGGCGCUGGUGGAGUGGAGCAUCGAGAGCCGCAUGUAAAUGAUCCGACCGCCCCGCUGCUGUCACCUGAAGAUCGAGAGGGGGAAGAAAAACCCGCCUGACUCGACUUUUUUAAAUUUAUUUUUAUUCCCCCCCCAUUCUGACCGGGGAUAAAGAAGGUUAAAGUGCUCCGGAGCCAACGCUGCCUGCUAAUCGCUGUUUGCUGCUGCUGCUGGGAGUGCCUCUCUGCUGCCCCCUGGUGACCAUGUGGACUGUGAGCGCUGUGAUCCUGGCCCUGGCAUCUGCCUCCCUCAGCUCGGCAGACUCCGACACGCAGAGACCACGACACGACUCCAACCUGGAGAUCUACAAGCGGCUGUUUGAGACCAAGAGGAAAGACCAGCUGAAUGCUUUGAAGAAUCUUGUCGAGCUGAACGACAUCAACCAGCAGUACAAGAUCAUAGACAUUAUGCUCAAAGGGCUUUUUAAGGUGUUGGAAGACUCGAGACAAAUCUUGGUGGCGGCCAACAUGCGGCCCGAUGACCCCUUCCCCAUGGAUGAUAAGAUUAAAGAAGCUUAUUCCCACGUUGUGGAGAACACGGCGUUUUUUGGCGACGUGGCGCUGCGCUUCCCUCGUAUCGUCCACCACUACUACGACCGCAACUCUGACUGGAGCGGCCUGCUGCGCUGGGGGCUUCAGUUCUGUAACCAGACGGGAGUUUUCACAGGAGGAGCCCACCAGCACGUCCUCACACUUAUGUCGCAGGAGCUGGGAAUAACAGAGAAAUCCCCAGACUUUAUAAACCCGUACCGCACAGAAAGAGAUGAUGUUCUGCACACUGCCGAAGCUUUCCAGAAGAUCCUGAGGGAGGAGGAGAAGAGGAGGAGGAAGGAGGAGAAGAGGAAAGAAAUCCGAAAAGGCCCCCGCAUCUCCCGCUCUCGCUCUGAACUAUAGCGCCUCACAUCGGCGCGAGCAAUAAAUAAAAGGGAGCAGAAGAAGAGCGAGCGUUUAUGAAGUCCACGAGACUGUGACGACAGCUGGGGGGUGGGGGGGGACAAAACGCUGCCGUCCACUGUAACGAAAGCAAGGUGCUCUGAUGUAAACAACAGAGGAAACCUCAACGAAGACACAAAACUAGAGAGGAAGAGGAGGUUAGUCAGGUUCUGAUGAGGGUUUAAACUUGCCCAUCAGCAGUCGUUUCUAAUUGAAGAAUCAUACAGGAUGUUUAGAAAACAAGAGAAACACGUUCUCUGAACUCAUGAGGAUUAUCCAGCUGAACGUUGGAACAUUAUUCAUUUGAGAAAGUUUAUUUCAGAACUUUACAAACCCUAAUGUAAUGUGUCUGGUCUAGAUUUAUUAUGUGUGAAACCCGUAUGCUUUAAAUAUGUGUUUGCUGGGUAUAAAUUUAACCUCAUUAAAACAUGGCCUGGUUUUGUUUGGUUUAAGAUUAAUUUUUAUUUCAAUUUAUUAUUUUUUUUUACUGGAAACUGUUGGGUACUUUUAACAGGAAAUAGACUUAAGUCAUUGCAGCAUAAGUAAUACCACUUAAAAUGUUUUAUUUGCAUAAAGCACAAUAUAAUUUUAUAUAAAUGUUGGUUGUAUUGUGUGUGGAUCCCUAUAAUUGUCACUCUUCGCUUUAAAGAUUUUAAUUUUACCAUUUGUUUAUGUGGGCCUUCACCUUGUCUCAG